AUGCCUUCGAAUAAAACCUCCUCACUCUUCCUCCUCCUCAUUCUCAUUCUCAUUCUCAUCUUCUUCUUCUUCUCAACAAACUCCCCUCCCUCUCCAUCCCUCUCCACCACACGUAGAUCACUCCUCACAUCAUCGUGCUCCUCCGCCAACCCUAACUCCAACGGAAUCAUCAACUACCACUGCAUUUUCCCCCAAACUCCAUCCCUCUCCAUCACAUCUCUCUCCAUCCUCCUCAUCCUCCAUUUCUACAUCCUCAUCAAAACCGCACAACACCAUUUCUCCAUCGUAACCACCAAACUCGCUUCUCAUCUCAAUCUCUCCCCUAGCAUGGCCGCCGUUACGCUACUCGCUCUCGGUAACGGCUCUCCCGACGUUUUCUCGUCUCUCGCCGCUCUUCGCGCCGGUCAGUAUCGUACCGGAUUUGGCGCGAUACUUUCCGCUGGCGCUUUUGUUUCUGCUCUCGUUGUAGGUUUCGUCGCGAUCUAUGCGGCUCCGUUUCCUGUCGAUCCGGCGCCGUUUGUUAGAGAUGUUUUGUUUUAUUUAACCGCUGCUAUGUUUCUGUUUUACGUUUAUCUUAGUGCCGAGAUUUUUCUUUGGCAAGCUGUUGGAUUUGUUGCGUUCUAUCUCUUCUUUGUUGGUUUUGUGUUUUACAUGGAUUUAGGAAUUGUGAAUAGAAGGGAAAAGAGUUCUGCGGAUCUCGAGGGACAGGUUGAAUCAUAUUACGAUGAAAAAUCGCUGGGAUCUGGAGAAAAAGAGAAACACGCUUCUGGAUUUAGUGGAUCUUUUCGUUUGAUUUCUAAAGCAUGGGAGCUUCCUGUCUUGACACUCUUAAGAUUGACAAUCCCUCAACCAGCACCAUCACAAUGGAGCAGAUUUUACGCAUCAGCCAAUAUUGCUCUUUGUCCACUAGCCCUCUUAUAUGCAUGCAACUCAUUCAUGCCACUGAAUCAUCCCAUAGUUUUCCUCCUCCCUAAUACUCUUUUCCCUCUCUGGUCCGUAGUGCUCAUGACAAGCUUCUCUCUUGCGUUUCUUCAUUUUGUGUUGGAAAAAGAACCCCCAAAAACAGAACAUUUGCCUGUGGUGGUUGUGGCAUUUGUUAUGAGUGUGUUUUGGAUAUCUACCACAGCUGGAGAGCUGGUGAGUUGCCUCGAAGCUUUAGGAACACUUCUCAAACUGUCACCGGCAUUCCUAGGUCUUACAGUGCUAGCAUGGGGAAAUUCGGUGGGGGAUCUUGUUGCCGAUGUUGCAGUUGCUAAAGCUGGUCAUCCAGCAAUGGCAAUGGCAGGAUGCUUUGCUGGACCGAUGUUUAACAUGCUUGUUGGUCUUGGAACUGCUUUGGUCAUACAAACAUCAAAUAUAUAUCCUAAAGCCUAUGAACUUAAUUUUCAUGUGGGUAUAGUGAUUGCAUUUGUGUUCCUGCUAUUAAGCCUCAUGGGGUCUCUUUUGGUAAUCACUUGGUCUCGAUUCCGAGUGCCUAGGUUUUGGGGAUUCUGUCUCGUGGGCCUCUAUAUUGCUUUUAUGGCGUUGAGUAUGGUAGUAGCCAUUUUUUCAAGUUGA